CGUGCGGCCGAGGCUAUAUCCACCGUCUCGGGCCACCUCCUCGAGGCUUCCAAGGUGCUUCUCGCCCGCGACGACGACAAGAAGGAUGACGACAAGAGCGAUAGACAUAAACCUACCGUCGACCCGGACUCGGGCUCUUUCGACCCUCACAAUAUCAGCAACGCCGGCUUCUUCUUUCUCUUUGCACUAAUCGGUGUCGCCUUCGUCGCUGGUGGUAUCUGGUUCUUCUUCUGGGCCAAGAACGGCGGCUUCCACUUCAGAGAAACAGAUUGGGAUGACUACAAGUCCACUGUUCUUCGCCGAACCGGCCCCAACGGCACAAUCCUCUCCAACGCAACACGACCGACAAACCUGGGUGGCGGCAGUGUGUACAAGGACGUGGCAGAUGACGACACCCACCUUGAUCACAAUGAUGAUGGUCAGACUGUCAUUACUGAGGCCACUGGACUGAGCGGAAUCACGGCGGGAGCGAGUGACAUCUAUUCGCGUGAGAAGCGACGUCGCAAGCAGGAGAAGCGUGAUCGUGAGCGUGUCAAGAAGGGCAAGAAGCCCAAGCAUCGCUUUGUUGGCGAGGACGGUGUCGAGGAUGAGGAUGCUGAGCGCUCUGCCAAGAAGGAACUUCGAAGCUACCGACAUGAGAAGGCUGCUCGUGUGGGCGGUAUCAACAAGGAAAGCGAAGGCUCGCAGUGGGAUGGAUCUACAAACCCUACCGAAUCUAACGUCUCUACAACUCUCCUCUCUGACCGCCAGACUACACCUACAACUACACCUACCAAGCCCAGCGGUGGUAUCCGCAAGGUCUACUCUGUCGCUGACCGCCGCGCCGACCGUGAGCAGGAGCGCAUGCGGGCUGAGGCCCGACGUCUCCGUGAGGCUGGCCGAAAUGCGCGCCGAGACUACAACUACCAGCGAGCUGAGAGCUACACCCGCGCCGAGAGCCAGGCUAGCGAGAGUCUUUUGGAUGGAUCGCAGGUGACUCGCACAACUGGUGACUCGGGUAGCGACCUCGGCACCAAGAGCUACCACCACCCCAUGCCUGAGCUCCGAGAGCUGGAGAGGGAGAGGGCCAGGGAGGAGCGCCGUGCCCGCAGGGCGGAACGUGGAUACCGACGCAGCCGACAGGAGGAG